AUGGACUCCGUUGACCGUAUUCAAGUGGGGACAGCUGUUGAGCUCGUGAUAGGCGGGGGUCCGACCCUAAUCGAGAAAGGAUCGUCCUCGUUCAACGUGUCCUUCAUGCUGCCCUACCGACAAGCCCCGGAUUUAUAUCCUCUUCCGGAGGUUGACCCUGGUCUUGUUCCACGAGGACAAACUUUCAUGGUAGGGUGA